UUGGUCUGCAAGCGCUAUUUUGCGAGCAGAAAAUAUAGAAACAAUAUCAGCACAAUAUUCAAUUUAAGUAAAAUCAAGCUAUUUGCAAGAUGUAUAAAAUACUCGCCUACAUACUAAGUGGGAUAAUACUAAACGGAAAAUUUCUGUUGGUCAAAUUGCAGUUUUCCGCAGUUACCGAUCAAUCAGACUCUUGGGUUAAGGAUUGCUAUAAGGAUGAAAUUAUUUCUUGUAGCUGUGUUAAUGGCGUUUAUUGCAAUGUUAAGGAUGAAUUCGCUGAUAUUUACACAAGCUUUGAUUCGGAAGUGUGGCACAUGCCUGUGACUUGUCCAAAAGAAACACCACUAAAUAUUACUUUUCUACUCGAGCACCAAUUUCAGUCAAAUUUACUCAAAUCAAAUUAUUUGGAAGAGAAAAAAUGCAAGGAAUUGAAGAACAAAGUAUUUGGUAAUUUUGCGUUGCGGCCAAUAAUAAUAACGAAUGAACUAAAUAAACUGACACUAAUCUAUAAUAGUGACUUUACGACAAAAUCAACCACAAAUAUUUUUAGCAUACAAAGUCUAUUUCAUCUUCAUUUGAUCCUAAGCUCAAAAGCAGACUUUAUAACUAUACCAACUGACAUAUUUUCUACACGCUAUACUACACUGACAACGCUAACACUUAGCGCACGAAGUCUAACGAAACAACACAUAACGCUGCGAAACUUGACGCAAGAACAUUUUCAAACUUUUACUGCGCUCAGGCAACUUGACUUAGCCGGGAAUAAGAUGCACAUUUUAGAUGAAAAUAUUUUUGCUACCCUUACGCAAUUGAGUUAUCUGAACUUGAGCCGUAAUGAAAUCGUGGAAUUGCCACCAAAUCUAUUAGCGAGUCAGCUUCAACUUAUCAUACUAGAUCUUAGUGACAACUUAUUGUCAUAUCUACCGCCUGCACUUUUCAACCGAUCUCGUUGGCUAUGGCAGUUGAAAUUGAGUGGGAAUCGACUGCACGAUAUCACAAAUCUUAUGGCAAAUCUAAAACCGUUGAGCCAUCUACACAGACUAGACUUAAGCGACAACAAAUUGCAAACAGUUCGGGACACGGAGUCUUACGCCAAGACUUCAGAGACAUUAUUAACAAAUUUUCGUUAUGACAAUAUCAAUAUGCCUUUGGCUGUAGCUCAAGAUCUAAAUUAUAUCAUCAAAUUACAGCCUCAAAAGUACGAGGGAAACGAUCUCAUUUUAACAGCAAUUAAUUUAGGUGGCAAUCUUCUGAGUGAGUUUAAUAUGGAUUGGGUUUUCGAAGCCGGCGUUAAAUGCCCAUAUGAAAUAAGCUUAGAGCACAAUUCGAUUAAAAACAUAUAUGCUUUAUCAAAUUUACUGAAAACAGAUGACGAUUGUGAACGCAAAACCAAACUGACUGCCAAUCCGGUCGUUUGCGAUUGUAAAUUAGCUUGGAUUUACAAUGGUGGUUUUCGUACAUUUUUUAGUGAUUUAAAGUGUGAACAGAAGUCGAGCAAGCUACUAACGAAUAUCGCACAACUUCGACGGGAUGAGCUGUGUGCUUGGCAACCGGUGCUGUGCCCCAGCAAAUGCGUUUGUUACACUAAAUCUGAGUUUUUGACCAUCAACUGCAACGCUAGAGAACUCGACGUUAUCAAACAACUGCCACGUCCCGAGCAAGUUGCGCUCACGACUUCAAUACUCGAUAUUAGCAGUAAUCAAUUUACGGUUUUGCCGCCAAACACCACCUUCGGCUUUGAUAACGUUUCGCAACUCUACGCUUCGAAUAAUAAAAUCUUCAACAUAAGUCUAUUUGAACUUCCAACUAAUUUGACAGUGCUGGAUUUACGUAAUAAUCGUUUGAAAUCCUUAAGUGCUGAUUUUUUGCGUGCUUUUCUCAAUGAGAGCACGAAACUACAGUUUUUGAAUCUGAGUGGAAAUCCUUGGUUUUGCGACUGUGCUGCGCAACAGCUGCUCUACACAAUACGCGCACAUCGGCAACGCAUACCCGAUGUCAAGCAGUUACGCUGUGAUAAUCUACAGAAUGUUACCCUCCUAACAGCGAGCGUGAGCAAAUUAUGCCAAACUGAGGAUAACGUUAAACAUUAUCAGCACAUGAUUGCGACUAUAACUUCUGCAGCGUCACUUAUUAUUAUUUUACUUCUCAUCAUCACAUUAUUCUAUAAAUAUAAUUUGCAAGCGAAAGUCGGGUUAUAUAGCCAUAAUAUAUUAACUUGUUGCAUUCAUGAGCGUGAACUGGAUAUGAAUAAAAGAUUCGAUGCGUUCAUCUCCUAUGCACACCAAGACGCUGACUUCGUCAACCAGACUUUAUUGCCACAACUCGAGCAGUGCGAACCACCAUUUCGUAUAUGCACGCACGAACGGAAUUGGUUGGCUGGUGCGUAUAUAUCUGAACAAAUUAUCGAAUCGGUUGAGCAGUCGCGUCGUACGAUCAUUGUUCUCUCGCAGCACUUCAUCGAAUCGGAAUGGGCGCGCAUGGAGUUUCGCACAGCGCAUCAGUGCUCGUUGAACGAAGGUCGUGCACGCAUAAUUAUGAUUAAAUAUGGUGAAAUUAUCAACAGUGAAUUAUUGGAUAAGGAAUUGAAGGCAUAUUUGGAUAUGAACACAUAUUUGGAUUGGCAAGAUGACAAAUUUUGGGAUAAACUACGUUACGCUAUGCCACAUAAAAUGGGUAGAAAACGGAAUGCCGAUGAUAUGCUGGAAGUUGGGGACAGAAUGUAUGUUAUGGGACAAAUUCGUUAUUUGCGUGACGAGAGCGUUUAAAUUUGUCGUAGGCUUACUUUAUGAUUCAUCAAGUUGU